AUGGCGUUGAACCUCGAGAAACAGCUGCUCUUUUAUGGAGCGUAUCACAAUAACCCCGUAAAUGUUGCCAUCCAUAUUACUUGCGUGCCCAUCCUGCUCUUCACGGGAAUCGUACUGGCGUGUAACUGCCCAACACUGGCCCCGACUCCGGAUAUCUUGACGUCCAACUACCUUCCUUUGAAUGCCGGCACCAUCGGAGCUUUUAUAUACGCCUUUUUCUACAUCCUCCUUGAGCCAUGCGCGGGCGGUCUAUUGGCUCCGCUAGUGAUUUGCUUCGCGGCGGUCGGGAAUUAUCUUCUUGGAACAUACGGCGCAGAUGUCAAUUACUGGGCCGCUGGCAUCCAUGUUGUCUCGUGGCUGGCCCAGUUCGUCGGCCACGGGAAAUUUGAGGGUCGCGCUCCGGCUCUUUUGGACAAUCUGGUGCAGGCAUUGCUUCUUGCGCCACUGUUUGUCUGGAUGGAGGUCCUCUUCUUCUUCGGCUAUCGCCCCGAGCUUAAGGCGCGGAUGGACAAGAAUGUUGAGAUGGAGAUAGCCAAGUUUCGCAAGGAGCAGAAGGCCCAAGCAGCAAAGUGA